ACGACCAGCCGCCUGCCACAUCUGGAGAGGCUUCCCAACACGAGAAACUUCAACUUUUGCGUUUACUCUGAGCAGAAACACUCAGGCGUUUGCGAACUGUCAAUCCGUCAGGGAUAAUUUGGCUUUCUCGUGAUAGUAAGUAGAUUCUUGAAGCCAAGUUGGCGUUUCUCUCUUUCUCUGAGCUUUUUUACAUCCCCAUUGCUAAUGUCCGUAUGGGAGUUUCAUACAUUGAGUGUGAUGCUGAGUUAACUGCCACGCUAGAUUGUGUUAUAAUUGGAACGUGAUUUCUGUGAAUAACACAAAAAGACACAUGUUGUGCUUUCAUGAGUAAAAAAGAAGGAAACAGAACCGCAGCGUUAAGUUGAUUCACGCAAACAAAUAUAUGAAGGGUAUGUAAUUUCACGUUUGCUCUGUCACGAGAUUAUUUUUUUCAUCGUUAAAUGUUUAAAGUAGCUUAAACCCUGUCUGAGAGCACAGCUGCUGCUCUACUGCCGCCUCACACGAGCCUACACGACUGCGUUGAAGGUGACAUAAGUCAGAGGGAAUCAAAUUGUGAAAUUCAACAGCGACUUGUGAGAGAGUGAUACCUUUCUGGCUUAUUUGUGUCCCACACUGAUCUAACAUUUUGGAAGAGAGAACUGGAAUAAGCCAUAAGGCGCACAGCUCCAUACUGAAGUGUUUAAGUUAGUCUGAAGGGAAAUUUAAAAGACCUAAAAAUACAGCGUUGGUUUCUUCCCUACAAAGAAUCAUUUGAACUUCCCACCGCAGAGCGAGAGCGACAUAAAUAGUUCUGACAUGUGGAUGUAAUUUCAGAAGAGGAAAAAAGACAGAUGCAGAGAAAUAAAGAGAGCGGGCUGAGCUUGAGCAUAUAGAUUUUAGGAAAUUAAAUCGAGGGCAGAGCGUGGCGAUUACAGAGUUAUGAUUUCACAAGCCGCCGUAAGCAUUGAUAGGCCAGAUGGAGUGAAAAAACACAACGCGUUCCACUUUGAAGAGAGUUAAGUAGAUUACAUUAUUUUAUCUGAGCAUCAUCAGUGCCUGUUUGAGCCCAGCAAGGACUUUUAGAGGUAGAGUUGCCUCAAGUCAGGGAUGGGAUCCGCUCUGCUGCUCCACAAUCUGGACUUUCUUCUUAUCUCACUACUCAGCGGUGUAUGCCUGGCUUUCGCAGAUGAUGUGCUUACGAAAGAUGAACAGAUAGGCCUGUUGGUCAGAGCCAAACGGAAGUGUGAGGGGAACAUCAAGUCAAGGCACAAGGUUCAUGAUGGUUACUGCUCACCAGAGUGGGACGGCAUUGUUUGUUGGCCUGAAGGGCCCCCAGGAAAGCUUGUAUCCACCUCCUGUCCAGAGUACAUCCAUGACUUCAACCAUAAAGGACUAGCAUACCGUCGGUGUGACAACAACGGAACGUGGGAACUGGCCACAACCAACAAGACAUGGGCCAAUUAUAACGAAUGUACAAAAUUCCUCUACCAUUACAACCACAGCCAUGAAAAGGACGUCUUUCACCGUCUCUAUCUCAUCUACACAGUCGGGUAUUCCAUCUCUCUGGGAUCACUCAUGGUGGCCGUGGUCAUCUUGGGAUAUUUCCGACGAUUGCACUGCACCAGGAACUACAUCCACAUGCACCUAUUUGUGUCCUACAUGCUAAGAGCUAUCAGUAUUUUUGUCAAAGAUGUUGUGCUCUACUCUGGAUCGGCCUUAGAGAACAUGGAAAGAGCCACAGUGGAAGACCUCAAGUCCAUCACUGAGGCUCCGCCAGCCAACAAAACACAGUUUAUCGGCUGCAAGGUGGUUGUGACCUUGUUCUUGUACUUUCUGGCGACCAACUACUACUGGAUCCUUGUUGAGGGUCUGUACCUCCACAGCCUCAUCUUCAUGACCUUCUUCUCAGACAGAAAGUAUUUAUGGGGAUUUACUCUGAUUGGAUGGGGAGUACCAGCUAUGGUUGUGACAGUUUGGGCAACUAUGAGAGCCACGUUUGCAGACACAGAGUGUUGGGACUUAAGUGCGGGCAAUUUGAAAUGGAUAUAUCAAGUGCCUAUCCUCGCAGCUAUAGUGGUUAAUUUUAUGUUAUUUCUGAACAUCAUCAGAGUCUUGGCAACUAAACUACGAGAAACAAAUGCUGGAAGGUGUGACACAAGACAACAGUACAGAAAACUGUUGAAGUCCACAUUGGUGCUGAUGCCACUCUUUGGUGUUCACUACAUCAUAUUCCAUGCCAUGCCGUAUACAGAGGUGUCUGGAGUUCCAUGGCUGAUACAGAUGCACUAUGAGAUGCUGUUCAACUCUUUCCAGGGAUUCUUAGUUGCAAUAAUAUACUGCUUUUGCAAUGGGGAGGUCCAAGCUGAGAUUAAAAAGUCCUGGAGCAGGAGGACUCUGGCCCUGGACUUCAAAAGAAAAGCUCGGAGCGGCAGCAACACUUACAGCUAUGGGCCUAUGGUAUCAAACACCAGUGUUACCAAUGUCACUGCCAGAGGGCCGCUGGCCCUCCACCUCACCACAAGGCUGGGACCAGUGCCUGUGAACGGACACAGGAACCUCCCCGGGUACGUGAAGAACGGCUCUGUCUCUGAGAACUCUAUACCCUCCUCGGGACAGGAGCUUCACAUUCCUGAUGAGGACCAUUCAGCUCAUUCACGGCCCUGCGAGAAGGAGAAACCCUCACCUGUGGUGGAGGAGGAGAGGGAGACAGUCAUGUGACCUCCAGGCCGCUGUGUUUAGGGAUGAAAACUGAAAAACAAAACCAAUCAUGAAACAAUCUCAGGGCCGUCUGAAGGGAACGGCUGCAUGCAUUAACACUGCCAGUUUUUUUCUCCUGUGAAUCAAGCCAGAAUAUUGCCGACAGAUGAGGCUCACGGCAAAAGGGUGUGUCACUUUUGUGAGCUGGGCCACCUUUAUUUGAGAAAUGAUGACCCUCAUUGUUGUGGAAAAACACUCUCUCUUUCACCAAACACCUGCCACAGUGAAUGUGUAAAAGGAUAAAAACAGACUGCCGUUUUUUUGUAUUUCUUUUCCACUGCCAUAACUGUUACGUUGUUUUCUGUUUGCUUCUUUUUUAUGCACCGCUUUUGUGCAUAAAUCAUGGGGUUAGGUACAGUAGUUGCAAGGAACAGCCUUAAUUAUCUCCUAUGUAAAGCCAGGUGGAUUCUGAGUGCACUUAGUCACACAUGUGUGGGCAAUGUAAUCAGCAAGUAUUUGGAUUAAGUCAGCGUGAGUAGACUAAUUCUAGGCUCAUGUU